GGUUCGAGUCCUGCCGCGGUCGAAUUUUUUGCAAGCUUGCGCGUUUUACUUUUUGCGUGUUAAUGAAGAUGAAACAGUCGCUGUCGAUUACACUCAAGACGCUGCGCAUGCUUUUGGGCCCGAGAUAAAACUGUCCUAACCCUAACUUUUGCUGGUAAUUCCUUCAUCAUUCGCUUGGCUGCAGUGUGUUUACAGUUGUAUUUUAUCGAACAGUGGAUGGCGGACGACACAGUUGAAGUUGAAUUGAAUUUGGAUACCGAUGAUGAGGAGCAGGAAAUCGCUCGGAGAGGAGCCGUCUUCAGGCAGCCCCUGGCCUCAUUUCUCCACUUGUUCUUUCGUCUGGUUGCCCUUGUCAUGUAUCUGCUGUGUGACUGGGAUGGCAAGAACUUUGAAUCCUGUUUUUUUACCAUCAUUGGUCUGUUGUCUUUAGACUUUUGGUACGUCAAGAAUGUAAGUGGCCGACUGCUGGUGGGGCUGCACUGGUGGAAUCAGAUAGACGAGGAUGGGAAUAGUUUUUGGGUAUUUGAGGCCAAAAAAAGAUCCCCAAACACUGGGACACAAACAGAAGCAAGAAUAUUUUGGCUGGGCCUCAUCAUCUGUCCCCUGAUCUGGACAAUCUUCUUCUUCACCGCUCUCUUCUCGUUGAAGAUUGAAUGGCUGUUACUCGUGAUUCCAUGCUUUUCCCUCCAAGUGGUCAACCUCCAUUGUUAUUUGCGCUGUAAAGCUGGAGAACAGAACGGUCAGCUUACAUGUCAAAGCUCCAAUACACAAGAUCUCUUCCUUCAACGUCCGAACAUCCUUUUUGGAUUCCUGUGAAAACCUUCUGCUGCAUUUGGACCAGCAGGUGGCCAUUUGUAGGAUUCAAAGCUGCCAUGACUUCAGGAUAUUUGUUGUACUUUAACAUCAAUUGUCAAACAGCAAUAAAGUCAAUAAAUCAUAAGCACAAGA